UACUAAUACGAAAUAUCACUAUUGAUAAUUGUUUUAGAUAUGUUAUUGAAUAACAUUAUCCAAUAAAUACAAGAAAUGAAAAAGAAAGAAAAAAAAAAAGAAAGAAAGAAAUUAUCUUCGGCUUUUGUCAAAUUUUUUAAUACGCUUUCAUUGACAAUAAUUUGUUUACUAAAUAGAGUGAAAAUGCAUUCAUUCGCUCAUUAUGCAUCGCAUCGUAUAUAUUCCAAAUUAUAUUUUGAUAUAAUUGACAGGAACUUUUAUAGCGUUUAUUAUGGACGAGGAACUCCUCUAAAAGGUGAACCUUCAUUCUAUGGUGAGGAAUAUCGCGAUGAUGACUAUGGGUAUUAUGAUUCCGAUGAAAGUGAAGAUGAUAGUAGUCAAGAUCAACAAAAAACGAUAGCACAAGAAGCAAAAAAAAAAUUAACAACAACAACUACAACUACUGUGAAAACCUUGCUUAGUUUAUUUAAUUUACCGAAGCGUAAUGAUCAUGUUUUAGAUCCAACAUGUCCGAAAGAAUGUUUAUGUUUAGAGGAUUUUAAAUUUGUUAAUUGCGCUCAUGCACAUCUGAAACAUGUGCCGCCCGAUUUACCUAGGACUGCUUAUAAAGUAGAUUUAAGUAACAAUCAAAUCGAAUUAAUACGGGGAACAGACUUUGCUAAUCGUAGUAAAUUGAUGGAAAUUAAUUUAAAUAAUAAUCAUUUAACAGAAUUAAAUAAGGAGAUAUUUAAUGGCUUAACUAGACUGCAAAGGUUACAUUUGGCUUCAAAUCUUUUAACUACAAUAGAACCGGACACUUUUCACGGAGCUACUGAUUUAAGUUUGUUGGAUCUAAGUAAUAAUUCUAUCGUCUUGCCGCAACAAGGUUCUCUACUCAACCAAACCUCAUUAUUAGAAUUUCACUGCCGUAAUUGUUCUUGGUCUUACAUUUCUAAAGACACAUUCAAAAAUACACCUUCUUUAACCGUACUGAGGAUUGAUCAAAAUGACUUUGGUAUGAAAAUCAAUACGCUCGCGUUUACGCCUUUAAAGAAUUUAAUAAAGCUGAGUUUGCCGGAUUUGGAUCAAAAUAAUACCGAGAAACUAUGCGAAUUAUUGGAAACUAUUGAUAAUAUUAGCUUUAAACGUUUCGAUGUGAGUUGCUUCGAAUUGGUUUUAGGAACUAAUUAUAAUGACAGCAUAAUUUUAACAACUGACCGCUCAUUCCCAAAUCCACGCUGGCCAAAGGAGGAGAUUGGGACACAUUUAACUGCAAUUAAGCCUAACAACAAUACAGUAAUAAAAGGCAUAACCAAAAUGAACACAAAUGUUAAUAUGACUUACAUGACAAACAACAGUAACAGCAGCAGCAGCAACAACGACAACAACAACAACACUAGUAGCAGUGUAGAAGGUGUUCUACUUAUAAAUACCAGUACGGUAUCCUCAGUAGUAAAUAGUAGUUCAAGCAAAGGAAGCGAAGAAGCGUACCAAGUUCCUGUAUCUCCGGAAACUAUUGACCGGAUGCUAAUAGGUCUUAUGGUCGUAUCUAUUAUUGGCUUAAUUGUUGGGCUUAUAUGCCGCAAUGAUGUUGGUGGUAUAAAAACUAAGUGCUGUCGAACACGUAAAGUUCCAACUGAAAAUGAAGAAGAUCCCGACGCUACCCCAGAAGAAAUACCAUUAAAUAAAAUCUCUUAAUUGAAAGUGUAGCGCAACUUGCUUUGAAUACGUUACUAUAAUGAAUAAUUUUUGAAUUUGAAUUUUUUGUCUUAUCAUUCCAUAUAUUCAUAAAGAACUAUGUAUUUCACUGUUUGCGACGCUAAGGUUUAGAAGGGUUUAUUUAGCAUUUUGCAGGCUAUUGUUUGCUUUUUUAAAUAUGUAUUUUUUUAAAUUUUUUUUUUUUUAUCAAUCAAAUGUUUUACAUAAGCUCUUUUGUAUAAAAAAUUACGCACACAACUAAUUUGCCAUUGAGUUGAAAUUAUUGUAAUUAUUUAAUUUACAUAAAGUACAAAACCAAACAAAAAUCAUAAAUCAUUUUACUUUCAAAUCGGCUGAGAUUGAUAUAUGAAUCAAUUUUUAAAUAUGGUUUAAUAUAUUAAAAAGCAAUAAAAAUAAAAAACAAUUCAUUCUAUUUAUCGUCGCUCAUUUAAUGCUUUACUCAUCAUUUUGUUGAAGUAGGAUAAUCCAAACAAUAAUAAAUGUCAGAUUGAAGAAGCAAUAGGCAUUUGCGUGUCGAAAGAAAUGUAUUUAAGAAAUCUUGGAUUAUCAAUACGAAAUCGUGACAAAAUGUCCCCUUUCUUAAUACUAGAUUUACGGCACUUGUCAAUUUGAUUUGGUUUUUAUAUUAAAACUUCAGCAUAAGAAAUUCGAUACCUUUAGAUAUCAUAUAUGGGUUUUGAAUAAUAUAAUGCGUCAAUUAUAUAUGUCAACCCUUUUUUCUGGGACACACCUACUUAUGCUAAUUUAAUGCAAAUAUCAUUUGGUACACAUAUGCCAAUAUCUACGAAAACUCGGCUAAUUGAUGGGUAAUUAUUGUGAGUUGUUUUAGUCGCUGAAGCUUAACACGAAUACUUCUUAAUCGAUUAAGAACGUGAAACUGAAAAACGUCCACGUGCAGAAGCAACUAAGCCAACGUUCGAAAAAAUCGCGAUUUUUUUUUCCAUUUUCAUGUAUAACUUUAGAUCCCGCUAAUAUAUUUUCGAAAAACUAUUAACCGAAUGUUCACGAGAACCAACUUUGCAUGUUCGAUGCAAACGUGAUUCCAAUCGGUCACAACAACAUCUUAUUUUUCGUUUAUUCCAAGGACACAUUGAAUUGGAUUUCUUCGCUAAUUGUGGACAAGUUAAUAAUAUAUAAACUUGUGAGCCUAAUUUACUUUUUGACUUCCUUCUUCUUAAGUCAAUUUAAAAUUUACCACUAAGUCCAAUUAUUAGUAGGGCGGACAACAAAAAACUUUUAGCACGGAAUCUGAACGAACAUGUUUGUGUGUCAUUUACAUCAAUUUGGAAUUGAAUUGAUUCCAAUUCUUAGGAAUAUUGGUCUAUAGUUUUUACCUUUCCGAAUCUUAUUAGCUUUACUUGAAGGAUUAUUUGCAGCCAUUUGAUGAUGUUAAACAUCGGAAUAGAUGGAAAAAAUUGCAUGGAAGGAAGAAGUUUGGCAAAGGUAAAUAAAUAGUACCUUGUGUUUUGCAUUUUGUACUUUUAUUUUAAUAUUACUGACACUUGUCUUUUCUCAUUUUUUGUACAUAAUUUUCUUCUUAUCUAAAGGUGUGCGUCCCUCCUUAGCACUUAUUUGAAUAAAUUUUAUCCUCACGACUCGGAUACUUGAAAAAUCUUUCUAAACACACUA